AUGAACCUCGUGAUUUCAAAGAAGCUCUCCGCACUCCUCAUUGGCGUGAUGCUAUGGGGGCCAAGUUUCCACCUCUUCGGGCUAAUAGAACUUAGUGACUGGUACAAGGCUCGUCUUUUUGCUAAAGGGUAUAAGCAGCGCUAUGGUCUAGACUAUGAUGAGACCUUCAGUCAUGUGGUUAAGCCAGCUGUCAUUCGCUCCACAGCUGUUGCCAUUCCCAUGUUGAUCAGCCAGCUUCGGACUGAGUCCUAUGUUAAGGAUCUUGGUGUUCUGCAUUAUUUUCUGGGGAUUGAUCAGGAAGAAGCGGAGGUUGCCGGCAUGGGUACCAUCGAUGAUGAGGAGAGUGCGCCCAGGGUGGCGUUUACCAUGUUUCCUUCGGUUCCCACCCACGGGUGCGGCGGCGUGAUGGGUGGAGAUGAGAUCAGGGCUCUCAGUAAGCUUGCGAGAGCAGCAAAACACAGCACCAUGACCAUGCCCUGGCAAUAUUCCCAGCUGCUGCCCAUCCUGCUCCUCCUCGCAACGACUCACACCAUCGUGGCUGCUGAUACUCAACAGCAGCCGAUUGCACUUGCGGGUUGCCCCGACAAGUGCGGCAACAUCAGCAUCCCCUUCCCCUUCGGCACGAAGGCCGGGUGCUUCCGUGAGGGCUUUGAGGUCACGUGCAACUACUCCUUCAACCCUCCUCGCGCAUUCCUUGCUCAAGACUCAACGUUUCAUAUAGUGGGUUAUGGAAACUACUCUGCCAACUAUUCGGGGCGCAACUAUGUUGAUGUGAUGAACUACUCUCAAGUCCCCGUCGAGCUCCUCGAUAUAUCAGCUUCGACGAGUGAGCUCCGGGGAUACGGCGCGGUCAGAUCCGACUGCAUCGAUGGCUACAGCAAGUACGAUGACCACCUGGUCAAGCUUCAAGGCACCUUUUUGGGCUGGAAUGGCCCAAAGCCGUUCCUCCUGUCACCGCUGCGCAAUGUUCUCAUGGGCGUCGGCUGGAACGUCAAACCCAAGAUGGUGCUAGGCGGAUCCAUAUUCACCACGACUGGCUACAUGCUCGCCUGCCUCGCCUACAUGAGAUACAACCCACAAAAUCUGUUAGACGAUAACGACGGCAUGAGCACGAACAGUCCGUGCUCCUACGGCAUGAUAGUGGAGAGCUCAUGGUACAACUUCACUUCUGAGGACAUGUUUGGCCGCAUGGUGCUGGCCAACAAGUACCCCAGGGGCGUCCCCUUUGUACUCGAUUUCGCCAUCAGGAACGGUUCAUGUCCAACGGAAGGCCAGCAGCCACCGCAGGACUACGCCUGCAUUAGCGGCAACAGCAACUGUGCCAAGGCAGCCAGCGGAGACGGCUAUGUCUGCAGGUGUUGGGACAAUUACGACGGCAAUCCUUACAUCACUAAUGGCUGCCAAGAUGUCGAUGAAUGCCAGCACCCUCAUUUAUAUAAUUGCUCGAGUGGAUCCAUCUGCAAGAACACACCAGGAGGCUACGAGUGCCCAUGCAAAUCGGGAAUGAGAGGUAAUGGCAAAGAGGGGGCAUGUUCAGAGAAUUUCCCCUUACCAGCAAAGGUGGCUGUGGGCCUUGCUGCCUCUAUUGUUAUAAUUGUUCUCAUGGUUAUGACACAUCAACUCCUCAAACUCAAAAGGUUCUAUGAGCAAAAUGGUGGUCCAAUACUGAAAGGUGUAAAGAAUAUAAGGAUCUAUACAAGCAAGCAACUUAAACAGAUAACAGAUAACUACAAGGUUGUCAUUGGAGAGGGCCAUUUUGGUAAGGUUUAUAUAGGGCGUCUAGAAGACAAACAAGAAGUGGCUAUAAAGAAGACCAUCGAAGUUGAUGAAACUAGCAAACAAGACUUCAUUGAUGAGGUUAUAAUUCAAUCUGGAAUGAGGCACAAGAACAUUGUUAGGCUCUUAGGUUGCUGCUUAGAGAUGGAUGUUCCAAUGUUGAUGUAUGAGUAUGUAGUGAAAGGGAGUUUGUAUGAUGUUCUGUUUAAAAACAAAGACAAUGUUCCAGUGGAUACACGCCUCAGGAUUGCCAUUGGUUCAGCCGAAGGAUUGGCAUACAUGCAUUCUUCAGAUGUGAAGAGUACCAUCCGUCAUGGUGAUGUUAAAUCUGCUAAUAUACUUCUUGAUGAAAGUUUCACCCCAAAAAUUUCGGACUUUGGAACCUCAAAGCUGCUUGCAAGAGGAAAAUCUGAGAAGACUGAAUGGGUCAUUGGAGACAAGAGUUACAUAGAUCCAGCAUACUUGGGCGGGAUACUUACACAGAAGAGCGAUGUCUACAGCUUUGGAAUUGUUCUAAUAGAGCUUAUCACAAGGAGGGCAGCAACAUAUGAUGAUAAGAGGACUUAUGUUACAAACUUUAUUCAAGCUUGCCAAGAACAAAAAGCAAGGAACUCUAUUGAUAAUGAUAUUACAAGCGAGAAGGAUAUUGUGCUCAUGGAAAUGGUUAGUGAAGUCGCUUUGGAGUGUCUAAAAGCUAAUCCAGAGGAACGCCUAGAUAUGAGAGAGGUGGAAAACCGUAUCAUCCACAUUAUAAGAAAAUCUGAACAGCAUGGACAGGAUAGGAACUACCAGGGAAAUCUUAGACCUAAUUCAGAGGUUCCUUUGCUCAAGCCUGGGGAGAAGUAA